AUGGCAGCCAAAGCUUUGCCUACCCACCUCAGAGCGCCGGCCACGGAAACCUCCAAUGCUGGCUCUUUCGGCAAGCACCACGGAAAGUCUCAGUCUCACAUGGCGUUCGAGAAUGCCUCGACCAGCGUUGCUGCUUCUCAGAUGCGUAAUGCUCUGAAUGCCCUCUCAGAGACCGUCCCUGAUUCUCAGGAGCGCAAGCGCUUUGAGGCUGAAAUGGACAACUUCUUCGCCCUCUUCCGCAGAUUUCUGAAUGACAAGGCUAAGGGCAACGAAGUGAACUGGGACCGCAUUGCUCCUCCCCAGCCUUCCCAGGUGGUGAACUACGAGAGCUUGGGCAGCGAGGCCUCGGUUGAGUUCCUGAACAAGUUGGCUGUCGUUAAGCUAAACGGUGGCUUGGGUACUUCCAUGGGUUGCGUUGGCCCCAAGUCAGUCAUUGAGGUCCGUGAGGGCAUGUCGUUCCUGGAUCUGUCCGUUCGCCAGAUCGAGCACCUGAACCGCACUUUUAACGUCAACGUUCCCUUCGUCCUGAUGAACUCGUUCAACACUGACCAGGACACUCAAUCCAUCAUCAAGAAAUACCAGGGCCACAACGUUGAUAUCCUCACCUUCAACCAGUCUCGCUACCCUCGCUGGUACCCCCCUGGACACGGUGAUGUCUUUGAGUCCCUGUACAACUCUGGCACUCUCGACAAGCUCUUGGAGCGCGGUGUGGAGUACAUCUUCUUGUCCAACGCUGACAACUUGGGUGCGGUGGUCGACCUUCGCAUCUUGCAGCACAUGGUUGAUACCGAGUCUGAGUACAUCAUGGAAUUGACUGAUAAGACUAAGGCCGAUGUGAAGGGUGGUACUAUCAUCGACUACGAGGGCAAGGCUCGUCUUCUGGAAAUCGCCCAGGUUCCCAAGGAGCACGUCAACGAGUUCAAGUCUAUCAAGAAGUUCAAAUACUUCAACACCAACAACAUCUGGAUGAGCCUCCGUGCCAUCAAGCGUGUCGUUGAAGAGAAUGAACUGGAGAUGGAAAUCAUUGCCAAUGAGAAGUCGAUCCCCGCCGACAAGAAGGGUGACGCCGACCAGGCCAUCUAUCAGCUUGAGACCGCUGUUGGUGCCGCUAUCCGUCACUUCAAGAACGGCCAUGGUGUGAACGUCCCUCGUCGCCGCUUCCUGCCCGUGAAGACAUGCUCCGAUCUCUUGUUGGUCAAGUCGGACCUUUACCGCCUGGAGCACGGUCAGCUGGUCAUGGACCCUAACCGCUUUGGCGGUGUUCCUGUGAUCAAGCUUGGAUCCGACUUCAAGAAGGUUUCAGACUUCCAGAAGCACAUUCCCAGCAUUCCCCGUAUCGUUGAGCUCGACCACCUGACGAUCACUGGUGCCGUCAACCUGGGCCGUAAUGUUACUCUGAAGGGCACAGUCAUCAUUGUCGCCACGGAGGGUAGCACUAUCGAUGUGCCUCCUGGCUCGGUACUGGAGAACUGUGUCGUUCAGGGAAGCUUGCGUAUCCUGGAGCAUUAA